AUGGGUACCCUCAAGGGUAAGUUCAUUUUGUUCUUCACCUUUUUACACGUCCUUAAAAAUUGUGUCAGCCAAAUGGCCACCAUAGUUGGGCAUCGGGGGUGUGGCACGAGUGAAGCGGGUGGGACUUCCCCCUACCCAGAAAAUUCUUUGUACUCAUUUAAGAAAGCAGUAGAUGAACAAAUUGAUGGAGUUGAAUUAGAUGUGUGGCUAACCAAGGACAAGGAAGUUGUAGUUAUCCACGGUACGGAUGAUGGGCUACUUGGUGACACCUUAGUGCAUGAUGAAGAUUCAAAACAAAAACGUAUAGAAGAAUUAACAGCUGAGGAAAUCCAGAGCUAUCAUUUUAAAGAACCGUGGAUCCUAACCAAGGGAAGACAAUUUUAUCAGCACAGUUCUACCGCAGCAGGUGUAUCAAGUGUCGAAAUGAAAAAGGUGGAAUCUGGCCAUGCGGAGAGAGAAGGAGUAACUAUCCACAACGAUAAAAACGUCUGCAAUUGCAACAGCGGGCAUCACCAAGGUGGUCAUUCCCAUGGACAUGCUGUGAAGACCCUCGUGAAAAAUCAAGAAGAAAAUGUAAAAUUCGCUACCCUCAGUAGAGGAGAAAAACUAAGAAAAAAAAUGGAGUACGCAGAUUAUAAUCGGCCAUACAUAAAUAUGGAAGAAAAUGAAGAGUUGGAAAAAAUGCUUAAUGAAGGUUCCCUACAGAAUUUAUUUCCAGAGGAGGGGGAGCAGCCAUCCAAGGAAGAAGAAUUCAUUAACUCCAUAAAAUGCAAUUUCUGCAAAAAUCUCUACACAGAUUAUGUAAUGAAAAAGAAUUACAAUUUGAAAGAAAAAAAAAAACUCUUCACAUUUUUGUCAAAGUUUUAUCACGUACCACUUCUAAAAGAUUUAUUAAACAUGUAUAAGGACAAACUAACAUACGACAUUGAGCUGAAGGGAACAAAAGAAAAUUUGGGGAUCCAUCUACUUGACAUACUACAGAAUUACAAGAAAUACAAAAUCAAAUUUAGCUCAUUCAAUUGGGUACUGCAAGAUGAACAGAUGAAAAAAGAAAGUGAGCAGAAAAAAAAUGGUGAAAUUUCUCUUGGCUCUUCUCCCCCUCCUGAUAAUCUGCAACAAAUCGAUUUAUUAAAAGUUCUUCGAAAUAAUAAAUUAAACAUCCCUGUUGCUAUGCUAUUUUCCGACGAUGAAGUACUGCCAAAUUUUCUCUCUAUUCUAUCCACUAUGGAGUACUAUAAUGCCGAAUGGGCGCAUUUUUCCUAUCGAUCCCUCAAACGAUCAGUCGUCAUGAAUGGAAAGAAUAGGAACAAAAUGGUUACUUCCGCCAAUGACUUCUUACAGAUGCUACAUGAUAAUAAUAAAAAAAUUAUGAUUUACUGGGGUACUGAGGAUAAGGAUGAAUACGAAGACCUUUUGUUCUACAUAAAGAUGGGUGUCGACUCUAUAUGUCCUAACAAUAUAGACAUUGCUAGGCAGGCCCGUUUGCACGCCUCCUCGGGGUGA